AUGGGAAAUGAUGCUAAAUCAAAAUUUACAAAUUAAGAAUUCGAUGAAGAUUGGGAGAUUAUAGAAGCUCCUAUACCAAAGAAAAUCUUAAAUUUAAGAUAAUCAACUUUAAAUAAAUCAAUUUUUACAGUGAUAGAUUAUUAGUAGUAACCAGAGAAUAAAUAGUAAAAAGGAAAAGCUUUGUUUUCUGGAAAUCAUCCUGAAAAAUAAACAAAAAAAUAUUAUAUUUCAAAGCGAAUAUAAGAACUUUAACAUUAAAUAGGAGGUGAAACACUUUUUGGUGUAAAAAGAGGACAUGGACCAAUUUAAUUAGGAGAGGAACAUUAAUAAUCAGUAUAAGAUUAUUUAUUUUAAUAGUUACAUCUUGAAGAUAGACCUAAAUUUCCUAGAAAACAUACUAGAGCUCCUGUGAAUGUAAUGAAUCUUCAAUUAGAUUGA